AUGGACAGAGGUGUAGGGCUCCGGAUCAGACAGCUGUGCUCCGGCCUGCAGAGGAGAGCAGGUGUAAAGCAACAAUGCUUAUUUGGGCAUGUGGUGCCAGCCAGACAGUGCAGUUCAAGAGGCUACACAGAUGAUGGAGACAGAGCACUACUGGAUCGUGUAAUAAGAGUAGAUCAUGCUGGGGAAUAUGGAGCAAAUCGCAUCUAUGCUGGGCAGAUGGCCGUAUUGAGGAGAUCAUCCGUAGGACCCAUUAUUCAGCAUAUGUGGAACCAGGAGAAAGAUCAUUUAAAAAAGUUUGAUGAACUAAUGGUUGCGAACAGGGUCCGGCCUACUAUACUGCUGCCGUUCUGGAAUGUGGCUGGAUUUGUACUAGGUGCUGGUACGGCUCUGCUGGGAAAGAAUGGUGCAAUGGCUUGUACAGUGGCGGUGGAAGAGACUAUAUCGAACCACUAUAACAAUCAAAUCCGAACUCUUAUGGAAAGAGAUCCUGAAAAGCACAAGGAAUUGCUGCAGACAUUAAAGAAGUUUCGGGAUGAUGAGAUGGAGCAUCAUGAUACAGGACUUGAACAUGACGCAGAACUGGCUCCAGCUUAUUCCGUGUUGAAGACUGUUUAUACAAGCCGGAUGCCGAGCAGCUGUCUAUUUAUCUGAACGUGUCUAA